CCCAACCCUACCUACACCCCCAACCCCAACCCUACCUACAGCCCCAACCAUAAUCCCGAACCUACCUACAUCCCAAACCUCAACCCUAACCCUACCUACAGCCCAAAUACUAACACCACUUACAACCCCAAUCCUAACCCUACCUACAGCUCCCACCCUAACCAUCGUCCCUACUCUUAUCCUCACCUCAGCCCUCAAUCCAGCCCCAUACCCCAUCCUAACCAGCCUAGCCCAAGCACUUCCUAUAUUCCCUACCCUAACCCUAGCCCUAGAUGCAGCCCUCUCUACCUCUCUCCCCCUCUCCUCCUGCGUGGGGGGUGGGAGUCAGAGAGGGGGGUAAGUCCAGCCGUUCAGCAGAUGACUACAGAGAGGAGAGGACCACACGUGAACCACCUGAAUCAAUUGAAUCACUUGAACCAUCUGAAGCCUCUCUACUCGCCUCCAGCACAGCAGACACAGAUGACAUUGACAGAACAUUUGGGAAACUAUGAGACACCAAACUGCAGCAGGUUGAUGUGUUCUGUGUGUCAGAGGGACUUUAAGAGUCUUCCUGCUCUUAACGGACACAUGCGCUCUCACAGAGGACUCCGAGGACAGCCCGACAGGUCACAAACAUACAGGACGCAGAAGGAAGGGGUGAUUCCAGGGUCUCCUGUCCCCAUAGUGAUGCCCGUCUCUGUGCCCGUCAGACUCCCUGCCUCCCCAUUUCCAUGCCUGGAAGAGGAGCACCAAGAGGGGGAGGAUGAGGGAAGGAGGGGAUGGAAAGAAAGGAAAAAAGAAAAGAGGAGGGAUCCCCAUCGCCACUCUGCUCUUGUCCUGCCCCGCCAGUCCACUAGGGGUGCUGUGGUGUUCCAGAGUGUUCUGCGUUCAAUUGUUCAACUGACCGAAUACACCCCUCCUCCCAUGCUGAGGCCAGACAGGGAUGGAACUGGGCUAUACUGCUCUCUAACCACAAGUGAUGGUGACAUGCUAAUGUCCGGGGAGCAUCUAAUGAAGAACAAACCGAGGAUCAACGUGGGGAUUGGAUUUCAGGCUGAUGUCCCACCUCUUCAGGACCAAAGACACUCUAACUCAGACAUCCACAAAGCACUGGUGUUGUGGACGCCCUGGGAUGGCCUGGAGAACUCAUCCACCCAGCACAGAGUGGAGUGUCUGUUGAUGAUGUCAUGUUCCAGUGUGUGUCCGGGGGGCGGGACUAACUCUGAGUACGCCCUGCACAGCCUAUCCGAGAGCAGAGGAGACUUCCUGGGAACACUGGAGAAGAUGCUCCUUCAGCACUGGCCAAUGACAGCCAACUCUCUCUCCUCCUACCACUACGCAGGGAGUGAUACAUGGAGUCCAGUGGAGAAGAGGUUGGUGAAGAAAGCCUUUAUGAUGUACCAGAAGGACUUCCACCGCAUUCAGAAAACGGUGGGGACUAAGUCAGUGUCUCAGUGUGUAGAGUAUUACUACACCUGGAAGAGGAGGCUGCGUCUAAAUGUAAAGACCCCGGUCGGGCUGGCCAGCACACUGCCUGAGGUCUAUCCAUCUCAGCCCACCAUGAAUGGUAAGAUGGGGCUCCACACCAUUUCGACACAGAAUGCCUGCCAACCGAUCCACAGUGGCUCCUCCUGUCCCCGGCUCCAGGUUGGUUCUGCUUGCUGUAGCCCAGCCCUGGGAGAGGUAGAGAGGCCCAGCAAGGCUCACUUUUAUGGGCCGGUCUGUCUGAGGAUGUCCCCCUCUCUAUUCAGCUCCAGUCCCAGACCGAGCAACUCUGCCCCCAGCGCCAAGCUCCACACACAGCCUACCCCUCCAUACCCCUGUAGGGCGUGUGCCAAGGUGUUCUCUAAAGUGAAGAGUCGUAAUGCUCACAUGAAGACACAUCGCCAUGAAGACACAUCACCAUGAAGACACAUCACCAUGAAGACACAUCAGGAGGAGCUGCACUGAACCUAAACCCUUAACGCUAGACCAGCACUGACCCUAAACCAGCACUGACCCUAAACCCUACACCCUAGACCGGCACUGACCCCAAACCCUUAACGCUAGACCAGCACUGACCCUAAACCCUUAACCCUAGACCAGCAUUGACCCUAAACCAGCACUGACCCUAAACCCUACACCCUAGACCGGCACUGACCCUAAACCCUACACCCUAGACCGGCACUCACCCUAAACCCUAGACCGGCACUGACCCUAAACCCCAAAUCCUACACCAGCACUGACCCUAAACCCUAAAACCUAGACCAGCACUGACCCUAAACCCUAAACCCUAAAUCAGCACUGACCCUAAACCCUAGACCAGCACUGACCCUAAACCCUAAACCCUAAACCAGCACUGACCCCUAUACCCUAAACCAGCACUGACCCUAAACCGUAAACCCUAGACCAGCACUGACCCUAAACCCUAAACCCUGAACCAGCACUGACCCCUAUACCCUAAACCCUAAACCAGCACUGACCCCUAUACCCUAAACCCUAAACCAGCACUGACCCCUAUACCCUAAACCAGCACUGACCCUAAACCCUAAACCCUAGACCAGCACUGACCCCUAAACCCUAAACCAGCACUGGCCCCUAUACCCUAAACCCUGAAUCAGCACUGACCCUAAACCCUAGACCAGCACUGACCCCUAUACCCUAAACCCUAAACCAGCACUGACGCCUAUACCCUAGACCAGCACUGACCCCUAUACCCUAAACCCUAAACCCUACACCAGCACUGACCCUAAACCCUAAACCCUAGACCAGCACUGACCCUAAACCAUCAGGACAAGCCCUCUACUGCCAUCUACUGUCCAACUCAUCACCUAGAUCCCCAUACAGGGUCGGAUACCUUUUGAACGACUGGGGCCAAAGUACUGGUUUCCCAAAACCAUCUUAAGACUAUAAGUUCACUGCUAGAACCUUCGUAGGAGCAUUGUUACAUCUCCAAAACCCAUCGUUAAUAACGUCGCACUUAACGAAAACGCUCGUAAUCUAAACGGAACAUCGUCAUUAUGUUUUGUUGCCCUUCCCUUAGCCACUUCAUAUGCACUCUCUCCGGAAUAGGAAAAAGAUUAUUUUCGUAUUUUCUCCAGUUAAGUUCAAUUAUAUUCCUAUUACUAAAAUAUCAUACGAUAUAAAAAAUAAAGCACACCUUGUCUGUGAAAUGAACAAGCCCUUACGGCCUAUAGAAUGGCUCAUAGCCAGGUAACAUGCAGUAGGCCAACUCAUACCGUUUUUCUGAAAUACAUUUUCUUCAUAAUGUUUCUUUUGAGCUGCCUAAAUUAAAUAAUGGAUUGAUUGUGAUGUUGUGGGCUAUAUUAAUUUGAUUUAUUUCGAUUUUUUUUAUUUAAUUUAAAUUUAGAUGUUCCAAAGGUCACCAUCAGUGGCUUGUAUGUGUGGAGGCCUGGAGCUAAACGUGUUUAUGUCAAUUAACGGUUAAUUAACAGUGAGGCCCGGCAGACUUUUGCAUGACAAUAACCGGCUGACAAAAUGUCAUGACCGCAACAGCUCUAGGAAAGAUGCAUCGUUAAAAACAUUUGUAAGCCUUAAGUUCCAUUAUUGCUAUUGGGAAUCCGUACCCAGGUCAAUGUGAGCCUGUCGUUUCCUAUCAGUUUAUAUGGGAUUAUAUGUGUUUUAUAUAUGAGGCACAGCAGAGUUGAGGAUUAUAUGGCUGCGUUUACACAGGCAGCCCAGUUCUGAUCCCCCCCCCCCCAAUUAUUGCCAUGAGAGCUGAUCUGAUUGGUCAAAAUACCAAUUAGUGGAAUAAGAUCAGGCUCAUUAAUGUUCCAUGUGGUAUUGUCCAUUAUCAUCCCUAGCGUCGGUUCUAAGUAACAAUGCCAACAUUUGUUGUAUGACAUGAAAAUAGAGCUCUUGAAGGAAAAGGAAAGGUGGGAGACCUAGUCAGUUGUACAACUGUAUGCAUUAUGCAUUCAACUGAAAUGUGUCUUCCGCAU